GCACGUCAUCACUAUUUUGUUACGUGAAUGAACUUAUGUAAAUAGUCAGAAACGUUCACCAUUGAACUGCAUAGUUUCAUCCCACUGGCUUAAAUGUAUAAAAAGAAAUGCCUUGCAUUUAGCUUGACAAACGUGAGGAAACAGUUUGACCCAAACAUCAGCGCUCCCAUUCCUGGGAAGUCUGUUUCAGUUUUCUCUCUCACCGACUGAUGAUUCCCGACAGCAAAGAUGGCGGUUCAGCGGCACUGAGCUUCAAAUACGUAUUUCACGUCGUUGUUUUUGUUGUUCUUCCUGUGGGGACUCUUCAGUAGAAAUCCACGCCAUCUAAAUCGGAAAGUGAUGUUGUGAGGCGUGGAUAAAAAUAAUUUCCCGAAGGAACUCGGAACGAUAACAUACGGCAGCGGACUGGACAUCGACGUGCUAACUAGCUAGGCAUUGUAAAAUGGCUCCAGUACAGAUCGGCUCUGACAUGCAGCUCGUUCCGCUCGGAGGACCGGUUGUUUCUGGUCCUCAGCCGCCAGCCCCAGGAGCCCCGGCUACACAUGGGAUCAGGCUGAGCCUCCUCAUUGACUUUCUCCUGCAAAGAACGUACCAUGAAAUUACCUUGCUGGCUGAACUACUUCCAAGGAAAACAGAUAUGGAAAGGAAAAUUGAGAUUGUGCAGUUUGCAAGUCGUACAAGACAGCUAUUUGUGCGUCUGCUGGCUCUUGUCAAGUGGGCAAGCAAUGCAGGAAAGGUGGAGAAAUGUGCGUUGAUCUCCAGCUUCUUGGAUCAGCAGACCAUCCUAUUUGUGGAUACAGCUGACCGACUAGCAACACUUGCCAGAGACGCACUUGUGCACGCACGCUUACCUAGCUUUGCCAUCCCCUUUGCCAUUGAUGUCCUCACUACAGGAUCAUACCCACGACUUCCCACUUGCAUACGGGAUAAAAUCAUCCCACCGGAUCCCAUCACCAAAGUAGAGAAGAUGACCACAUUAAAUCAACUAAAUCAGAUACUCCGACACAGACUUGUCACAACAGACCUGCCUCCUCAGUUGGCCAACCUUACAGUUGCAAAUGGCCGUGUCAAGUUUCGAGUGGAAGGGGAGUUUGAGGCAACCUUAACAGUGAUGGGAGAUGACCCAGACAUUCCUUGGAGGCUGCUGAAGUUGGAAAUUUUAGUGGAAGACAAAGAGACAGGAGAUGGUCGAGCCUUGGUCCACAGUUUGCAAGUGAACUUCAUCCAUGAGUUGGUCCAGGCACGUCUCUGUGCAGAUGAAAAACCCCUGCAGGACAUGUACAACUGCUUGCACUCGUUCUGUUUGUCACUACAGCUGGAAGUCCUUCACUCCCAAACAAUGAUGCUGAUAAGGGAGCGAUGGGGUGACCUGGUGCAGGAGGAGAGAUAUUUACCAGCUAAAUAUCUCACCCUCUCUGUCUGGAACCAACAGGUCUUGGGGAGGAAAACCGGUACAGCGUCAGUACAUAAAGUAACGAUCAGGAUUGAUGAGUCAGAUGUGUCGAAGCCGCUGCAAAUAUCUCACGAGCCUCCCCUUCCAGCAUGUGACUCAAAACUGAUGGAAAGGGCAAUGAAGAUUGAUCAUCUGUCGGUGGAGAAACUUUUGAUCGACAGUGUCCAUGCAAGGUCCCAUCAGAAGCUACAGGAACUGAAAGCCAUCCUGAAGACCAGCAACCCAAGUGACAACUCAUUCAUCGAGACUGCAUUGCCCACGCUAGUUAUUCCGAUCCUAGAGCCCUGUGGUCGAUCGGAGUGUCUCCAUAUUUUUGUAGACCUGCAUUCAGGAAUGUUCCAGCCCAUGCUGUAUGGAUUAGAUCAGUCAACGCUUGACGACAUCGAAAAAACAAUCAAUGAUGACAUGAAGCGCAUUUUAUCCUGGAGUCAACAACUCAAAUUCUGGCUGGGGGAGCAACGGUGUCGACAGUCAGUGAAGCAUCUUCCCACAGUUUGCACUGAUGUUCUCCAUCUCUCAAACAUCGACUCCCACCCUGUUGGUAACUUAUCCAAGCACAAACUCUUCAUCAAGCUCACACGACUUCCAAGUUACUACAUCGUUGUGGAAAUGGUUGAGGUCCCCAGCAACCCCACAUCAUUGCAGUACAACUACUUCUUUCUCUCUGUGGCUCCAGCUGACGGGGAUGAUGGUCUUGUGUGUCCACGGCUUUUUAAACAGUUGAAACCAAACUUGGAGCAACUUCCACAAGAGACUACAAGAACGAAAAAUAUCAGGCCUGGGACAAAAAGGAAGGAACCAUCUGAGCAUGGUGACCCAGAGCCAAAAAAGCCCAAACGCUCUGGGGAAAUGUGUGCCUUCAACAAAGAACUUGCCCACCUCGUGGCGAUGUGUGAUACAAACACCCCAUUUGUUGGCCUCAGAUUAGAGCUUGCAAAUAUGGAGAUCUCAACUCAGGGCGCCCAAGUGGAAGCAGAUGGCAACAGUCAUGCCAUUAGUCUACUCAGAAUUCCACCUUGCAAAGGAGUGGGAGAGGAGACGAGGCGAGCUUUGGAGCGCUCUCUUCUGGACUGCACUUUCCGGUUACAGGGCAGAAACAACCGGACAUGGGUGGCUGAGUUGGUGCUGGCCAACUGUCCGCUCAACAGCACACACAGCAAAGAGCAGGCCACCACACGGCACGUAUACCUGACUUACGAAAACCCUCUUUCGGAGCCGGUGGGCGGACGUAAAGUGGUGGAGAUGUUUCUCAAUGACUGGAAUGCUAUCAGUCAACUAUACCAGUGUGUUCUCAACUUUUCUCGAGCACUGCCAGAAAUGCCAUCUUAUUUGAGCAACUUUUCGGAGGUGCGGCUGUAUAACUUCCGUAAAUUGGUGUUAUGCUACGGUUCCACCAGAGGUAGCUCUGUCACCGUCCAGUGGAACUCCAACAGCCAGCGUUUCCAUAUUUCCCUUGGCACUGUAGGGCCAAACUCGGGCUGCUCCAACUGCCACAACAUCAUCCUUCACCAGCUACAGGAGAUGUUUAACAAGAACCCUAGUGUGAUGCAGCUCCUGCAGGUUCUUUAUGACACGCAAGCCCCUCUGAAUGCCAUCAACAAACUGCCAACAGUGCCCAUGCUGGGCCUGACCCAGCGCACCAACACUGCUUAUCAGUGCUUCUCCAUACUCCCUCAGUCCCCCACUCACAUUCGCCUGGCAUUCAGAAACAUGUACUGCAUCGAUAUCUACUGCCGCAGUCGAGGGGUGGUGGCCAUCAGAGACGGCGCUUACAGCCUCUUCGACAACACUAAGAUUGUGGAGGGAUUUUACCCUGCCCCAGGACUCAAGACGUUCCUGAAUAUGUUCGUCGACAGUAAUCAGGACGCCCGCAGGCGGUCAGUUAACGAAGACGACAAUCCUCCUUCACCAGUCGGCAUGGAUGUCAUGGACAGUCUCCUCAGCCAGUUUCAACCGCAGCCCACAAUGAGGCAGGGAGCAGGCAGUGUUUACCCCACUCUCACUUCUCCACCUCCCAAUUACCACGCCAAUGUGACGCCUUCCCCCUCCAUGAUGCCGACACAGUCUCCUGGGAACAUCCAUGCCUCUGGCUCCCCUAGUGGAGCACUCAGGGCACCCUCUCCUUUCGGGCCUACCCCGUCUCCCUCCUCACUGGGCAUAGCCAUGGGCCAGACCAGCUUUGCCAGUCCACACGGUGCUCUGGAUCCCAGUUCUCCAUACGCCAUAGUGUCCCCCAACCCCAGGUGGCCAAACUCGCCUCAGGUUUCGGGUCCCUCUCCUGGUGCAAGGAUCCCGGGGAUGUCACCAGGAAAUCCCUCGCUUCACUCCCCCAUUCCUGACCCCAACUCACCUCGUGCUGGAACCAGUUCCCAAGUGAUGCCUAUGAGUAUGCCUCCACCUCGCAAGCUACCUCAGCGCCCCUGGGCCGCCUCUAUUCCAACCAUCCUCACCCACAGUGCCCUGCAUGUUCUUCUGCUGCCCUCACCCACUCCGUGUCUGGUCCCGGGCUUGGCCGGCAGCUACCUCUGUUCCCCUCUGGAGCGGUUCCUUGGCUCCGUUAUUAUGAGGCGCCACUUGCAGAGAAUCAUUCAGCAAGAAGCCAACUUAUCUAUCGUAAACUCCAACGAGCCGGGGGUGAUCAUGUUCAAGACGGAGGUGCUCAAGUGCCGUGUAGCCCUGAAUCCCAAGAACUACCAGACGCUGCAGCUCAAAGUCACUCCAGAGAACGCAGGACCCUGGUCGCAAGAGGAGCUGCAGGUGCUGGAGAGGUUCUUUGAGACCCGGGUUGCUGGACCUCCUUUUAAGUACAACACUUUGAAUGCCUUCACAAAACUGCUGGGGGCGCCCAUUCACAUCCUCAGGGACUGUGUUCGCAUCAUGAAGCUCGAGCUGUUCCCAGACCAAGCUGGCCAAUUGAAGUGGAACGUUCAGUUCUGCCUCACCAUUCCUCCCAGCGCGCCGCCCAUAGCUCCCCCCGGAACCAUCGCCGUGGUACUCAAGUCCAAGAUGCUCUUCUUUUUGCAGCUGACUCAGCGCAUCCCAGUGCCUCAGGAGCCGAUCAGCAUCAUCGUGCCCAUUGUGUACGACAUGGCCACUGGCCUCACUCAGCAAGCCGACAUCCCCAGGCAACCCAGCUCCUCUGGGGCAGCAGCCCUCAUGGUCUCUAACAUACUGAAGAGGUUCAAUGAGCUGCACCCAGCAAGACAAGGGGAAUGCACUAUCUUUGCAUCUGUUCACGAGCUGAUGGCAAACCUCUCCCUGCCUCCUGGCACCCGCUAAACAGACAAGCAGCCACUUCAAACCCACAACUGGAAACUCACCUCAUUUCCUGUGAGUCAGAGGGGACGAUUUUUCUCCAAGGACGACAUCCGCAGUGUCUGGAUGACAGAACCCAGAGCUCGUCUCCACCUCUCGACUCCUGCCCAGUCACGGACGUGUACGCGUCCACCGUGUCUCCCCUCGCUCCAGGCCCAUGAACACGACUUUCUAAGUCUGUUUCACACAAGUAGAGACACAAAGGAUUAUUUUCUUCUUCAGGUGCACUAGUAAACAAAAGAGUAUCUAUUAAAAUAAUGGUUGUUUACAGAACUAUGUAAAUUGUUGUACAUUUGCUUAUUGAAGAGAAGUUGAGAAGUUUUGCUAGGAAUGCCUUUUUCCUCUUUUUUACAACCCUAAUGCUGAUAAUAAUGUAUUCCUUAGCCAUCUAUUUAAAUGUUACCAUGCCUUUAUUUUGUUGAAGAGCUCAUUCUGUUUCCACUUUUGGAUACUUCUGUGACACACUUUAUAAAAGCAGUUGUAUUUUAUUAAAACGCAUUUUCUGCCUGA